AGGCGGGGCAUGACUCGGGGCGGGGCGGGGCGGCGGCCGCCUGCCUGGGCCUGGCAGCGGCCUAGGCGAUGCCGCUGCUGGUGAACGGACGGCGAGUGCGGCUGCCGCUGUCGGCUGCAGAGCUGGUCCGAGCGCACCCGCCGCUGGAGGAAAGAGCCAGACUUCUCAGAGGUCAGUCUGUUCAACAAGUGGGACCCCAGGGCCUUCUGUAUGUUCAGCAAAGAGAGCUUGCAGUGACCUCCCCAAAGGAUGGCUCCAUCUCCAUUCUGGGUUCUGAUGAUGCCACUACUUGUCACAUUGUGGUCCUGAGGCAUACAGGUAAUGGGGCAACCUGCCUCACACAUUGUGAUGGAACUGAUACCAAAGCUGAAGUCCCCUUGAUAAUGAGCUCCAUAAAAUCCUUUUCUGACCACACUCAGUGUGGAAGGCUGGAAGUGCACCUUGUAGGAGGCUUCAGUGAUGAUAGGCAGCUGUCACAGAAACUUACUCAUCAGCUUCUUAGUGAAUUUGACAAACAAGAUGAUGACAUUCACUUAGUGACAUUAUGUGUGACAGAAUUAAAUGACCGGGAAGAAAAUGAAAACCACUUUCCAAUCAUUUAUGGCAUUGCUGUCAACAUUAAAACUGCAGAGAUUUACAGAGCUUCCUUUCAAGAUCGUGGUCCAGAGGAACAGCUUCGUGCUGCAAGAGCUUUAGCAGGAGGCCCGAUGAUUAGCAUUUAUGAUGCAAAGACAGAACAACUUCGAAUAGGCCCGUAUUCCUGGACGCCAUUUCCACAUGUGGAUUUCUGGUUGCAGCAAGAUGACAAGCAAAUACUAGAGAACCUUUCUACUUCUCCUCUGGCUGAGCCCCCCCACUUUGUUGAACAUAUUAGAUCUACCUUGAUGUUUUUAAAAAAAUUCCCAUCUCCAGCAAAUAUACUGUUUCCUGGAAAUAAAGCUCUCCUCUACAAAAAAAAUGAAGAUGGCUUAUGGGAAAAGAUCUCUCCAGGGAGCUAACAUCCAAGUUACCAAAGAACACAGCCCUUUGGCCUGCUAGAGACCACUGGUGGUUUGGAAUCUACACCUGUGCAGUUUGACUUCUUCCUUGCUUACUAUCUUUCAAAAUAAAAUCUUAUUUUGGCAAAGGCA